GUAAUUGAUCAAAAUAAAUUAUGAAAAUAGAGGCGUGCUUCCUCACAUUUCUUACCAAACCACACUGGUGUGAGUGUGAGUGUGAGGGUUGUUAGGUCACAGGUCCUGAAGAAUACCGAUCAAUUUCCUUCUCCGUUGGAGGAGGCUGCGACAAUGAUGAUGAUUCGCACCAAUUCUCUUCUUCAUCACGCUUUCUUCAAACUCAAAGGUAUUUUCAUCACCAAUUCUUUAACAACCCCUCUUUCGUCUUCCCGAUUAGGUUUAGAAUUCAGUCCUCACUCCACUUCUUUAGCUUCUCUUCUUCACUCCACUUCCUUUUCAAAUAAUGGGGAUCGCCCCCUGUCUAGGUAUCAAAAAGUUACCAGCUUGGAUGAUGCCUUUAACCUGUUCGAUGAAAUGACACAGAGAAAACCCCUCCCAUCUGUUAUCAAGUUUAAUCAGCUGUUGAAUGCUGUUACCAAAAUGAACCAUUUUUCUUCUUGCCUCCAUCUGUUUAAACAAAUGUGCGUUGUUAGGGUUCCAGUUAGUGAGUACUCUGUGAAUAUUGCCAUCAAGUGUUGUUGUCAGAUGUCUCGCACCAACGAUGGCUUUGCACUCCUAGCUUCUUGCUUCAGGCGAGCUGUUGUGCCAGAUGUCUACAUAUUUAAUACACUCUUAGAUGGACUGGUGCUAGAAGAUAGAAUUCUUGAGGCUGAGAGACUCUUCAAGAAGCUCAUCAAGCACAAACUCUGUGAACCUAAUGUUGUUACGUAUUCCACAAUGAUUAAAGGGCUUUGCAAGGUUGGAAAUAAUGAUAUUGCCAUUGGCUUGCUUAGGCUCAUGGAUGAAAGAGGUUGUAAGCCUGAUACUGUAGUAUAUAAUACCAUCCUUGAUAGUCUCUGCAAGGACAAACUGAUAGAUGAUGCUUACAAGCUUUUCAAUGAAAUGGUAUUUGCCAAAGACAUCCAACCAGAUGUCAUCACAUACACCUCUCUCAUUCAUGGCCUUUGUAACUUGUGUCGUUGGGACGAGGUCUCUAAGCUGCUAAAAGAAAUGGUGGAGGAUGUAAGGAUCUCUCCUGAUAUUCAAACCUUUAACAUAUUAGUUGAUGCAUUUUGCAAGGAAGGUAGGGUGGAUGAAGCGGAGGCUGUUAUAGACAUCAUGGUUGAGAGAGGUGUGGUUCCUAACAUAGUCACAUACAAUUCACUUAUAGAUGGGUACUGUCUGCGAGGUGAAAUGACCAAAGCAAAAUCGAUUUUUGAUUCACUUACUUCUAAAGGUCUCGUCCCUGAUGUGUUUUCUUAUAACAGUUUAUUGAAUGGGUAUUGCAAGAGUUUGAAAAUAGAAGAGGCCAUGCAUUUGUUUCUUGAGAUAACAAGAAACGGUUUGAAACCUGAUAUAGUCAGUCACAGUGCCAUGUUACAGGGUUUGUUUCGGGUCGGACGUUGUGGAGCUGCACGCAAAUUCUUUGAUGAGAUGAGAGCACAAGGCCUUAUUCCAGAUGAAUGCACUUAUGGAAUAAUAUUAGAUGGCCUUUGCAACAACCAUCAAGUUGAAGAGGCGCUCUCUUUGUUUCAUCUGGUUGGUGAUAGCAAGCUAAAUUCUCAUAUUGUGGUGUACAAUAUUCUUAUUGAAGGUGCAAGCAAAUGUGGGAAGCUUGAUAUAGCAAAGGCUCUUUUCCAAGACAUAACUUUAAAAGGUUUGCAACCUAAUGUGCGAACAUUUAACAUAAUGAUUAGUGGCCUCUGUAGAGAAGGUCAGCUAAAGGAAGCAAAGGGCAUGUUUCUUAAAAUGGAUGAGAGUGGCUUUCCACCAGAUAAUGUUACUUACCGUGUUCUUCUCCAAGGAUAUAUGAAGAACCAGAAUUACGAUGAUGUCGACAUGCUUUUACAUGAAAUGGAUGGAAGACGUUACUCACUUGAUGCUUCAACUUUAUCGUUGUUAAUACAUCAAAUCGCAGCUGGUUCACUAGACAAAAGCAUGGUUCAGUUGAUAGGUAGGCUUGUGCCAAGUGAAUUGAUGGACACUCCUGAUGGCUUCAGUAUCAAGUUAAAUUCUAAUAUUGUGGUGUAUAAUAUCCUUAUUGAUGGAAUGGGCAAAUGUGGGAAGCUUGAUAUUGCAAGGGCUCUUUUCCAAGACCUUACUGUAAAAGGUUUGAAACCUGGUGUUCAGACACAUAACGCAAUGAUUAGGGGCUUUUGUCGGGAGGGUCUACUAAGGGAAGCUAAGAAUUUGUUUCUUAAAAUGGGUGAGAGGGACUGCCCACCAGAUAAUGUUAGUUACUGUGUUCUUCUCCAUGGAUAUCUUAAGAACCAGCAUUCCGGUAUUGUGGAGAUUCUUUUACAGCAAAUGGAUAGAAGUUACUCACUUGAUGCUUCAACUUUAUUGUUGUUAAAAGAUCGAAUCGCAGCUGGUUCAUUAGAUAGAAGUUUACUUAAGUUGAUAGGUAGGCUUGUGCCAAAAAGAGUUGACAGUUUUACAGGUAGGGAGAAGAAUCUGAAUGGUGUGUGCGGGUUAUGAUUAGG